UGAACAUAUUACCUAUUCAUCAAAAAUGAAUACGUACAUGUAAAAAUACUUUCCACCUUUGUCUUAAGGAUAAUGCAAAGCCAUUGAAGAAUCUUAAGCAGUAGGGUGAUGUCACAGUUGGCUUUAGAAAACAGUUUCUGAGGUGAGAGAAUGAAUUAGAAGAGGGCCAGAGAAGAUGCUGACCAGACAUUUAAUGAGACACCACUUCAUACCCACUAGCAUGGCUAUACUAAUAAAGACAGACAGCAACAAGUGCUGGUGCAGAUGUGGGGUAAUUGGAACACUUAUACAUUGCUGGUGGGGAUAUAAAAUGGUGUGGCUAUUUUGGAAAGUAGUCUGGCAGUUCCUCAAAAAAGUUAAACAUACAGUUACCGUAUUACCUAGCAAUUCCUCUCUUAAGUAAAUACCCAACAGAAUUGAAAACAUAUGGUGGUUGCACGCGUCCCCACGCACCCUCACAGUCAGCGGGUGAGCCGGGGCAGCAAGGCAGCCUCCUUACAGCUCUGUGGAGGGCCUUGGGCCUCCCUACUGGAGCCGCUGGCAGGGGCCAGCCUUGCAGUGGUGUGUUCUAGGUCAAUGGCUUCUAAGAUUCCAGCUGGAUUCACUGGACUAGGCAAAUGGGGCAUCCAAUGGCAAAAAAAUCUCAUGAAACAUGGCUAUCUGCUUGUUAUUUAUGAUGUGUUCCCUGAUGCAUGCAAAGAAUUUCUUGAUGCAGGUAUACAGGUAGUGUCUUCCCUAGCAGAUGUAGCCAAAAAUGCUGAUGGAAUUAUUACAGUGUUGCCCACCAGUAUCAAUGCAAUAGAAGCUUAUUCUGGAGCAAAUGGAAUUCCAAAAAAAAUGAAGAAAGGCUCACUAUUAAUAGACUCCAGUACUAUUGAUCCUACAGUUUCGAAAGAAUUAGCCAAAGAAGUUGAGAAAAUGGGAGCAAUUUUCAUGGAUGCCCCUGUUUCUGGUGGUGUGGGAGCUGCUCAGUCUGGGAACCUAAUGUUUAUGGUGGGAGGAGUCACAGAUGAAUUUGCUGCUGCCCAAGAGUUGCUGGGGUACAAGGGCUCCAAUGUGGUGCAUUGUGGAGCCCUUGGGACUGGGCAGGCUGUGAGGAUCGGCUACAACACGCUGUUGGUUGGUAUGAUUGGAACUGCUGAUGCUAUGAAUCUGGGAAUCAGGUUGGGGCUUGACCCAAAACCAUUGGCUAAAAUCCUGUAUGUGAGCUCAGGACAGCUUUGGUCAAGUGAUACUUAUAAUCCCAUACCUGGCAUGAUUGAUGGAGUUCCCUUGCCUAAUAAUUAUCAGGGUGGAUUCAGAACAACACUCAUGACUAAGGAUCUGGGAUUAGCACAAGACUCUGCGGUUAGCACAAAGAGCCCAAUCCUUCUGGGCAGUCAAGCCCAUCAGAUCUACAGGAUGAUGUAUGUGAAGGGCUACUCAGAGAAAGCCUGCUCAUCCGUGUUCCAGUUUCUACGAGAGGAGGAGACAUUCUGAGUUUGCCCUUUGGCGGUGGACACUGUUGGAAACCAGAGUCUAUCUUGGAACCUCCUUAUAGCUUGCUCCACAAGUAAAUGGGUCUGUCUGCUUCUGAUUGUCUUGGUCACAGUAAACCCUGGGAUUUUUCACCCAUUUUUAACUGCUUAUUCUUUUUUUUAAAUCUAUUUAGCAAACAUAUAAUAUCUGAAAAUUUUUUUUCUGUUAGCUACUGAUGGUCCUUGCUAACUAGCUGACUGACCUUUUUCAAAAAUUUGAUCCCUGAGCAUCUUUAACUAAAUAGUUGCAUAUUUCAAUCAGGAUAUUAUUUACUCCAAUUUACAAAUAAAACCACAUUUUUUUAACAGGAUAAAACAUAUUUUAGGGGAACGAAAAGAAACUGGUGUGAAGAAAGGACUUAUAGAAAGGGGAAGUAUAGUGAAUUACUACCUGUGUCCCUCAGAAAGUUUGUCCUUUUAACCGAGUGGUGGUAUUCUUGCAUUACUGAGGUUACUAAUUUAUUUUCUAGGAGUUGAUAAAGCAAGAGAACGCCUUGCUGCAUGUUAUAUAAUUUGGACUCUGUUACAUUUAUCUUGGUGUGUCCCUCCUGUAACAACUCCCAAUACUCAGCAGACUUGUUGUUUAUAUUUUUGUUUCCUUGUACAUUCUUUUUUUUUUUUAGUAAUUUUAUUUAUUUAUUUAUUUUUGGCUGUGUUGGUUUUUCGUUGCUGCGCGGGCUUUCUCUAGU